UUUCCCAGGGCCUUUAGACCGGUUUCCUUGCUAGGCGCAGUCGCCGAGAACCGCGACCCUUGCCCGGGAACCUUACUUUGCUCGCCCAGCUCCUCGGGGUGACGCGGAGAGCCGCGAGACUGAGGAAGUAGGCCCGUGGGAGAGAGAUGGCCCCAGAGCGAGGCGAGGGCUGCCCGCAGAGGAGGCAGCCAGCCAGGAGCAGGGACGCGGAUUCGGACGCCUCUGCGGUCGCGGAGGAGACGCGACUGGCGUUUGUGCGGGGCGAGCCCGCUGAUGCAGGGCUAGAGAGGGCUGCAGGAGACAGAGCAGCGGCGUGCGGCGGGAUAACGGGCCCGUCCGAGGGAAGAAAGCAAGCAGGAGAGGCGGGCAGCGGGAGAGGAGAGGCGAGCUGAGCUUGCCCGAAGGUGGAGGGCGGCGAGAGAGAGAGAGAGAGAGAGAGAGAGAGAGAGGAAGGUGUGAAUGAAACCGUGCAGAAUGAGGGAGGAGACGGCUGGAUGAGGGAGGAGUUGGUGGAAUAAUACGGUCAUUUUUAUUGAGUUUGCUUUUGUUGUUGGAAAAAAAAAGUUUUUUAACUUCUGUUUAAAUUUUAGUGGUGAGGACGAGAAUUGCAAAGUGUCUAUCUGCAGGGCACGUGCCGUUUAAAGUUAACUGGGAUUGUGCUGGGCAUGGUGUCACACGCAGGACUGACCUCUAAAUACUCAUGUUACUCAAGGAAGAAGUUGGGAGGAGGAGAAUGAAGAACCAGAAAGAACCAGGGAUGGCAGCCAUGCAGGACAUUCCAAAGACUAGAUGACCAGUUGGACAGAGAAGACACAAAAGGGGAGGUACAGGAAAUUGCUUGUGGCUUUCAUUCCCUCUUUGGGUAAGCCACUCUUUAGUUCUUUCAUCACAGCAGGAUGUGGGGAAAGAAAUUUAAACUCUGUGCUUUGAGGGAUUAUGGAGAUUCCAUCACUCACAUAUUACUCAAUACCAUUGAUCAUUGGUGUUCACUUAAGCCUUCAACUCUUCUCCUUUCCUUGGAGGAUGGGUAGUAAGGCCUGAAGUUUGGUCCUGUUCCUGCCUCGGUUGUCUUAGUGCCCAGCAACCUUCCUGUAACUGAGGACCUCAUUUCACCUUUCAACAUCACCAUAGGAGACAAAUCCAUCCUUAUCACUCCAGAGAUGCCAGGGACAGUUGACAUUCAGGGAUGUGGCAAUCGAGUUCUCUCAGGAAGAGUGGGAAUGUCUGGACGCUGCACAGAGGGCUUUGCACAGGGAUGUUAUGUUGGAGAACUACAGCAACCUGGUCUCCCUGGAAAGGGCCCUGGACUGUGGAGAGUGAGGCAAUAAUAACCAGAAAACCAAAUGGACAGGAAUACGUCAGAGCUAUGAGUGCAGUCAACCCUCCUGAACAUAUAAUUAAAGAUUUACCACCAAAAGAGAGUGGCGAUUCAGGAGAAAUAGACCAGAAAAUGGUGUCAGAAAGAUAUAAAAGCAGUGACACUGAAGACUUUUUCUUCAGAGGAAUCCAGAAGAACAUACAGGAUUUUGAGUUUCGGUGGAAAGACAGUGAAAGGAAGUAUAAAUCCACCCAUAGUAAACAUCAAGAUAGUAGGAAGAAGACAGGAAAAUGCAUAAGGAACCUACUUGAACUGCAGCCAUUUCCAUCUGCAGAGAAUAUUGAUGAUAAUGAAGUUAAGUCUAUUACCAGUGUUUCUUCAAUUUUAUUAUCUCAAAGAAUUCCUCUCACUGUUGUCAAAGCACACAUUGUUCAUGAAUAUGAUGAUGAUAUUUAUUGUUCACUACUUAUGAAAAAACAGAAAACACACAUUAAGGAAAAACCUUAUCAAUGUAAUGAGUGUGGCAAGGUCUUCAGUUAUACUUCUUCUCUGGCACAUCAUCAGCAAACUCAUACUGGAGAGAAACUUUACAAAUGUGUUGAAUGUGGUAAGGCUUUUUUUCGACGUUCUUAUCUUUUGGUACACGAGAGGCAUCAUACUGGAACAAAACCUUACAAAUGUAAUGAAUGUGGCAAGGUUUUCACACAGAAUUCACACCUUACAAGUCAUCAGAGAAUUCAUACUGGUGAGAAACCAUACAAGUGUAACGAAUGUGGCAAAGCCUUUAGUGUUCGUUCAAACCUAACUAAUCAUCAGGUAAUUCAUACUGGAGAAAAACCUUACAAAUGUAAUGAGUGUGGCAAGGUCUUCAGUCAAACUUCAAGCCUUGCGAUUCAUCGGAGAACUCAUACUGGAGAGAAACCUUACAGGUGCAACGAGUGUGGAAAAGUCUUUAGUUCACAUUCAAACCUAAAUACACAUCAGAUAAUCCAUACUGGAGAAAAACCCUACAAAUGUUCAGAGUGUGGUAAGGUCUUUACUCAGAAUUCACACCUUGCAAAUCAUUGGAGAAUACAUACAGGAGAGAAACCAUACAAGUGUAAUGAGUGUGGAAAGGCCUUUAGUGUGUAUUCCAGCCUCACUACCCAUCAGGCAAUCCAUACUGGAGAAAAACCUUAUAAGUGUAAUGAAUGUGGCAAGGUCUUUACUCAAAAUUCACAUCUUGCAAGUCAUCGUGGAGUCCACAGUGGGGAGAAACCUUACAAGUGUGAAGAAUGUGGCAAAGUCUUCAGUCAGACUUCAAAUCUUGCAAGACAUUGGAGGGUUCAUACUGGAGAGAAGCCUUACAAAUGCAAUGAAUGUGGCAAAGCUUUUAGUGUGCGUUCAAGCCUAACUUCCCAUCAGGUAAUCCAUACUGGAGAAAAACCUUACAAAUGUAAUGAAUGUGGCAAGGUCUUUAGUCAGACUUCAAGCCUUGCAAUUCAUCAGAGAAUUCAUACUGGAGAGAAACCUUACAGGUGCAAUGAGUGUGGAAAAGCUUUUAAUUCACAUUCAAACCUAAAUACACAUCAAGUAAUCCAUAGUGGGCAAAAACCCUAUAAAUGUCUGGAAUGUGGCAAGGUCUUUACUCAAAAUUCACACUUGGCUAAUCAUCGCAGAACCCAUACAGGAGAGAAACCUUACAAGUGUAAUGAGUGUGGCAAAGCCUUCAGUGUGUACUCAAGUCUGACUACUCAUCAGGCAAUCCAUACUGGAGAAAAACCUUACAAGUGCAAUGAAUGUGGUAAAGUUUUCACCCAGAAUUCACACCUAGUAAGUCACCGUAGGACUCAUACUGGAGAAAAACCUUACAGGUGUGAUAAAUGUGGUAAAGCCUUUAGUGUGCGUUCAAGCUUGACUACUCAUCAGGCAAUCCAUACUGGAGAAAAACCUUACACAUGUAGUGAGUGUGGCAAAGUCUUUAGUCGAAGUUCCAACCUUGCAAGUCAUCGGAGACUUCAUAUUGGACAGAAACAUGAAUGAAUAUAGCAAUGUCUUCAGCUACAGUUCACUUGCACAUAUCCAGGAAUGCAAUCUUAAGAAAAUACUAUUUUUAAUGAUAGAAAAAACACCCAUUGAGAGUUCAAGUAUAUCACUGGAUGUGGUGGUAUGCAUGUAAACCACACAAUACUUGUCAGGCUGUUGUGAGACCAUCAGCCACCUAUGAUGUAUAAGAAGAACUUAAAUUUUAAAAGAAGUCAAGCUUUUAUAGACAUAUAUUAAGAAGCCAUUUCAUUCAUGUACAGCACAUGACACCCACCUCUAGAAAUACCAAAAUACACAUCGCUCAUGAAAUUGUCCGCUUGGCACUUACUAAGGAAGGUGCUUAAUGACCAUUAUUGUGAAGGGUUUAUCAGAGUAAUAAAUCUAUUUCCAUAGCUUUGUUACAGUGUACAGAAUAAUUGUUAAAAAACAACUAAAAAUCAAAAUAAAUUAAAACAUAUAUAUGGAAGUUGGAAGACAAUUUUGGUAACCUGGUUGCCUUCAGGUUAUAAAUUAUUAAUUUUGUUGUGUUUCUUUGCAAAGGCUGCCAUUUAAAAUUGUCAGCCUCAACUUUCUGUUGCUAGAAUGCUUACCUCGGGGCUUUUUAUUGCAGCCUCUGGGAAAAUGAAGUGAAGGGUCACAGUAGGAAAUGAGCAUGUCUGUCUAAUUUCUGAGUAUUACUCCACCUUUUAAGUUAAAUAUUGCCUGAGUUAUUGUCCUAAUUUGUUUUAGUUGAUGUGAUAAACCCCACGACCAAAGCCAACUUGAGGAAAGGGUUUAUUUCAUUAUGGAUUAUAGUCAAUCAUAAGCCAGGGUAGAGUUCCUGGAGGCAGGAACUAAGGUAGACAAUAGAGAAAGGAUGCCUGUUCAUUUGCUUUUCAUGACUUAGCUUCUGUUAUAUAACCCAGGACCAUCUGGGGUGGUACUGCCCAGAGUGGCCUAGGCCCUCCCAGACUAGUCAUAAAUAAAUGAUAGUCAGACAUGUCCAAAGUUCAGCCUGAUGGAGGCAUUUCCUUAAGGGUCCCUCUUCCCAGGUAACUCUAGUAGGUGUCAAGUUGACAAGGUCUAACGAGAACACUUAUCAUAUGAAAGGCAUGGGAUAAUGUAAAAUUGCAACAUAAAGCUAUCAAGUUUAUUGUAUCUGAUCGGGGCUCUCUUUGAGGGAACAGCGAUUCAAUGGGAAAGGAAUUAAGAUACUACAUGUUUUAUGAAGUAAGGAUAAUAGGCUAGUGGGGAAUGGAUUGUUUAGUAAAAUACAGAAGACAUCGUCACCAACUACAUUGAAUGACAAGAGAUUUCACAUAGCAAAUAAUAAACAGUUAUUCUUACAUUUUUUAUUUGAAGUGAGAAACAUUGUUAGAAUGGAAAAUUUAACCCAAAGAAUCAAUUGUGUAGGCUUCAUAGGCUUCACUUGUGUUUCACAUGUGAGGCUGUGUGUUAAAUCCUUGACAGCACCAAAAGUAAAAAUACACAAAAGCUUUCUUAAGGAUAAUAUUUAACUACAGUUGUAGAGCUUUGCCAUUGUUUUAUUUAAAAUGUAUCAUUUAUCUAAUUUUCAGUUAAUGAGAGUAAAACCUUUACAUUCCUGCAAAUGUGUUUUUAUAUUCUUCUGUCUGUAUAGUCUCUUUGUGUAUCAGUACAGUGCUCACUCAUGGGAAAUGAAAAAAAAAAAUGGUGUGAAGCUCUUAAUGUUGAGGUUUCUAUAUUUUUUAUAUGAAAUCAAACACCAUAACAUUUUAGGAAUCAAUAAUCACUUUUCAGUGAACUUAUUCAGUCCAUGCCCCUAGGAAACUUAUGUGGGUAUAAUGGACAUCAAGAAAGACACAUAGUGCAAACUGCCAAAGUAAAGUGACAUGUUUUGUGUAUAUGCCUGUACACUUGAAGCUUCUCUUCAUAGUUGUGCAAUACUUCAGACAUUCCAUUGGUUGAUAUGAACUGUGAAGUCUUCACUCUGGUUGACUAUCCACAUCAAUAAAAUUUAAAAACAACAGUA